AUGGAUGAACAACCAUUCAGCGUUAAAAAGGUGCACGAUGGCGUAUCCAUGUUACGUGAAGUGUUCUUUGAGGCGCUUAACCAAGCCAACAUCUGGCUAGUGCAAGGAUCGUCCACGGAUUUAGUUAUCGACACUGGUAUCGGUUUGUGGGACUUGCCAGGCUUUCUGCGACAACAAGGUUUGGUUGGCGAGAAACCAGUCCAAGCAGUUGCCACUCACAUGCACUACGAUCACUCGGGAGGACUACAUCAGUUUGAGAAGUUCUCUAUUCACUGCCUCGAAGCGGACGCGAUACGCAACGGUAACCAAUACGAUAUGGCUAGGUUUUUCUUAAGGAAUGCUGAUAUUGCUGUACCCCCGAGCGAAGGAUGGAAAUUUUCCGACUACCGAGUUAAAGCCGCCAAGCCGUCGACAGUCUUGGAGGAAGGACACGUUUUCGAUCUUGGCGAUCGAAGCUUGCGCGUUUUACUUCCCCGGUCAUACUGCAGGGAGCAUUGGUUUGAUCGACGAGAAAGCAAGGAUCCUUUUCAGUGGAGACACAGUCUACAAAUCGAAUCCCCUGAUAGACUUUUUACCCACGAGUGACGUAAACUCGUUUGUUCAGAGCUGCAGAAGACUGCAAAACCUCUCCAACCAGGUGGAUGUUGUCUUUCCGGGACAUGGUGAUUCUUUUGACAGUCGAAGGUUACAUGAGUUGGCAUCAGAUUACAUCUCCAAGGCCGGGCCAUGUCAUAAAUUUUUUACAACUUUUAUGAAGGGUGUUACGUACGUGAUCUUAAAGGCUAAAACGUCUGGUGACAUCCCUGCAAAUUGUUGCUUUCACUCGUGCUGUUGCUGCUGCUGUUUUAAGUAAUUUACGCUCAUCACACCCCUUAUAAACAGAGGGUUUUUAGUAAUAUUAUAUUAUACUAUAAUGAUUAAGGCUUGUUAGGCUAAACUUUGAGGAUCUAGGCGCUCAUUUAAGCAGACCCAGUUAAUCCUUGACCGUAGAGUCAGUGUCCUAGUCUCGUACCCAGAUCUCACUCUGUCUUACGCUUUUUGGCCGCGGGUGAUCUGAAUACAAGAUUAGGUGUUUCCUAUACGAUCUGAAAAGCCAAAAAUUCUCACUAGUAAUAUCCCUGCUAAGUGUUGCCGUUUUCACUCUAGCUGUUUCUGCCACUGUUUACUAUUUGUUGUAGUCUACAGAUACCCCACCACACCUCUCACCAAGAGCUAGAAGGUGUUUAGUUUAUUUCCUUCCUGCAUACAAUGCAGCCUCGUUGCCAGGGCUUUUCCUCUUAGAAAAUGAGAGGUCCCCCCCGCCCCCUCUUCCGUCCUUCUUAUUUUCUUAGGGAAACAGCUCAGGACAUGAGGUUGCAUACAAUAGAACUCCUGAGUCACCCCGAACGAUUGGGUCAUGGGUAAACAUGUAGGGGCCAGUUAUUUAAACGGAGUUUAGCCAGUGUUAAACGAAACCGCGUUCUAAGCCAUUUUCAGUUUGACGAACGCUUUUCCGUAAACAGCAUUUUUCGUGAACAAUUUCAUGAAAGCAUAUGGCGUAGACUAGAAAAGCACUUGUUGUCUUUAAAUAGCCCACUGAAGAGGAGAUUCUGUAGGUCCAAAGACUUCCUAAACCGCGGUCUUACAUAGAUUUCGUUUAAAUAACCGACCCGUAGAGUCUCAUAAUUUCUAGGCUUAUCAUUCUGUGGGAUAUCACUUGUAUAAAGUAAACCAGAUACAUAUACCUAAUUCAAUUAAGGUUGCUUUGACAAUAGGGCAUUGGGUGUUUGGGCAUACAGAACAAUACGAUGAUUUGCGUGAGUGACCACAAAACAAUACAUUUCCAGUACCCAAUUACCAAUACCCAAAGGAAUCUUUAUUGAAUCAGCUCAGUACUGUCACCAAAUUUGGCCGUUAUUAACGGGUGAUCGUAUUAGCCAGGGUUUUUUUACAAGAAAAUGUAUGGCCGUUUUGCCGGGCGGCUAAAAAGGAGUGGUGGUAAUAACGAGAUGACCGUGUUAACGAGGUGGUCGUAAGGCGGUUUCCCACUGUAUAUCUGUCCAGUUUAGGUCACAGAUCAUUUUGUUUCGUCGCUAAUAACGUUUUUAUGGAAAUUAAAGCACAAACCUCGCAGCUCUGGUGGAUUUAUGGGCAAAGGUUUAUUGGCAAUGCAAAUUUUCAAUUUUUCCUUUAGGGGGCGUUCUGCACCUAUUUGAAAGAUUGUUUGUGAUUGGCUGGAAAAACAAUAGGGAUAGGGACAUAACAAUGCCCCUGUCCCUGAAAACAAUGGAUAGUGCAGAUUAAAGAGGACUAAUGAAAUAAGAAGUUUAGAACGGUGCGGGUCAACUGCCUUUUACAACAGCGAUAUUUCUAGUUGUGAACAUUGUUUUUGUUAUUCAAAUGUACCAACCACUGAAACAAAAACACCCAUUGUUUCAAAGAGCAAAUGAAGCCCUGGUUGACUAAUAAACAUCGAUAGGUGACGUAACGCGAAAUAUCGCUGUAACCUUGAUUAUCACACGAACCUCUAGUGCGAAUAGCUAGGCUGAAAGCGCUUCCAGGCUUCCUGACGAUAACAAACUUACCGGUAAGCAAAUAUCAAAAAUUUUUUUGAAAAGCUUAGAACGAAGCCACAUUUUUAGCCGCCUAUACCUGCCAAACCAAGUAACGACCCCCCAUAACCAAAGAAAACGUUAGUCAUGCGGCUCGUAAAUGUGCCUUUUUGCGAUAAAGCAAAUAUUUGACUGUCUUUCUUUGAAUGAACCACUUCGCAGAAAGCCCUUGUGUCUCGCACCAUUCCAGGUUUUAAGUGCUUUUUAGGUGACAGUGUUGUGAUUUUUUAAAUUAGCAAUCUGAUACCGAGGGAUAAGGGAAAUUGGAUCAUUAGAUGUUUCUGGGAAACUGCCCACCUACUCCUCCCUUAAGCCAACAUUUUGCCCAAAGUGAGAACUAAGUGUUAAUAAUGUUGGCUUAGGGGAGGGGUAGGUGGGUAGUUUCAGGUAGUAGUAGUUGCCUGAGCUAACAGCCAACUCACUCCCAGGGCUUUUCCCCAACCUCUUUCCCAGGGUUCUCUCCUUCCCGUCCCCACGGAACGAGAGUAGGAGAGAGAACCUGGGAACGAGUCGAGAUUUUUCUUUCGGAAAUUGGAAAGGGCCCGGUGAUGAAGUAUCGGGAUUUGAAGAGUCACAAAAAUGAUAUCCAGGGGCAUAUACUUCAACAUUUGUUGACAAACGAAUGUGACAGCUUUCGUUGUUUAAGAGAUAACAACGUUUAGUAAAAUCCAACUAGUGGUCUAUUAUCAAUGCUGCGUUCUGAUUAGUUGAGCUACUAGUAGGCUAUAUGUUAUAGCCCACUAGCAGCGAAAAGUGCCGGCUUUGAAAACCAAAAAACUGGCGGCUGAAUCGCGUUUUGCUAGAUAAAGUUGUUUUGUCCCGAUGUUUUUGACCAACUAGUUGGAUUUUACUGAAACAAUUAUUCCUAUCGCCCUCAUGGCCUCCGAGUCAAUAGCCCAUUCCGGGCCUCAUGGGCUAUUGACUCAGAGACCAUUCGGAGCUAUUCGGGCUCGAGGAAUAAUUAUUAAAAACGGAAUUCUCUGUAAUCGUUCAACAACUAUCACUAUUAUGAAUGGCGCAUUUCAAUAGGGUCUAACCAAGAGAGGAUGAAGGUGCCGGCCAGCAUAAUUUUUUAGCAUAACACUCGGCGUUGUUAACAUUAAAGUACAUUGUAAAUGUCAUGACAUUUUGAACAUACAUAUAUAAUGGGAGGUUAUAUUGCAGUGCAAAUAAUUAAUUGCAUGUUAACAGUUUUCGCCAUUGUCAGCCAGAUCAAUGUCCAAAGUUGAAUUAAAAGCCGUCGAUAUCUUAGGUUUGAUAUCAUAUACCUCAGACGACCCUAAAAGUACGGUGUUCAGUUGUCCGGGCCCGGGGGUACUCCCUAUAGUGGCCUAUACGCGGAGGUUUCGCCCGAAAGGGGUACCUUUUUCAGGCUUCAGGUAUAUGCAAGGGUUGGGAUUUUAUUUUUUGAAGUAUAUGAAUGGGUAGGGAAAUUUGUCAUUUGAGUCUGUGAAAGGGCUCAAAUGGCCGAACGGAUGAAUUUUAUGGCUUUAUAACGUCGUGAAAAUGUUCUUUUUUUAUUGAUUCCUAUUUAAAUGACAAUGCAUUUACAGCAAUUCAAAGGGAUGUAAAGUUCUAAACAAGGUAUGUGAAAGGGGUACCGUUUGUCAAUAGAAGUUAUACGAAAGGGGUACCUUUUUCGUGAAAAAUGGUAUAAGCCUCCCCGCAUAAAAAUUUGUUGAAUACCCCCUCCCCCCAUCCCCCGGGCGGGGGAGAGCAGUUCCUUCUUUGGCCUAAACGGGUAUGUGGCGCUGAACAGUCUGAGUCAUAGUUAAAGCGAUAUCAUUUUUACGGCUUUAGGUUUUCUUCAUUAUGCCAGGCAGUUAAAUUGCAAGGUACAAACUAUAUAACAUGUCCUGUAUCUGAAGGUAAUAUCAAAAACAUCUCAGAUGUUUUGGACAUCUGUGUAAAUGUUUAUUCGGUAGAGGGAAGAAACAGUUUCAAUUCAAUCUGGCAUAACUAAGGAGCUAAAACACCUCCAGCCGGGCAUCAUUUUUCCAACAAUAUCUUGGUUUCAAUAUGGCAUAAUACUUGAUUUCACGAGCAGAUUCCACCAGCUUGUAUUCAUUAUCAUUAUUAUCAAUAAUAAUUAACGCAUCAUAAAAAUUACGCGAAUUAAAUUCAAGUCGCGUUAAUUCUUGUAAACGCUCAUUUCUUCGCCGUUAAUUAAGUGGAGCGUUAAUUUCUGCGAUCUGAAUUUCCAUUGUUUUGGGAAGAAACUCUCGAUAGACUUUGUUGACACCAACGAAAGAGAAGUAUCAUUAGAAUUGUGAAGAAGCCCCGUUCCCACUGGGUCCCCGUUAGUGGCCAGAUUUCUUGACUUUUCGCUUGACCUUUGUUUUGGGAAAGAAAGUAGUAGAAAAAAGUUUCUAUUAUGCGUUUAACAACGAUCCUGUUGUCUCAACACGUUUUGUUUGUUUGUGAGUGUCGUGUUAAUUUCCUUCAUUUUGAAAUGUUAUACUCCGCUUUCGCGUUAAUUUCCUUUCCUUGAGUGUCGUUUUCCAUUAAAUUGACGUUUAUUUAAGUCGCGUUCAUUUCUUAUAAUAAGGUAUCUUGCGGCCCAAAUCCAUUCUGUACCUAUUACAUUAGUCGGCGUGGGCAGGGAAAGAGAACGAAGACAAUUAAAGUUGUCUGAGGUUUGCGAUCCUGUUGUGGUUCGCGUGAUCGCGUGAGGCAGUUUUUAUUGCGUGACUGUUGUUCAUUAUGGGAUGUUUAGACAGUGCUGUUUUUGUUUACAAUUAACAGAAACACAGUUCCUCUCUUGUUUUUUAAGAGAGGAAUUAAGCGUAAACAAAAAGAAAUCAGAAUGGCUGAACAACCAUUUAGCGUUGAAAAGGUGCACGAUGGCGUGUUCAUGUUACGUGAGGUGUUCUACGAGUCGCUUAACCAAGCCAACAUCUGGCUCGUGCAAGGAUCGUCCUCGGAUUUAGUUAUCGACACUGGUAUCGGUUUGUGGGACUUGCCAGGCUUUCUUCGACGACAAGGUUUGAUCGGUGAGAAACCAGUCCAAGCAGUUGCCACUCACAUGCACUACGAUCACUCGGGAGGACUACAUCAGUUUGAAAAGUUCUCUAUUCACAGCCUCGAGGCGGACGCGAUACGCAACGGUAACCAAUACGACAUAGCAAGGGUAUUCUUGAAGGGAGAUGUCAUUGCCGUACCCCCGAGCGAAGGAUGGAAAAUUUCCGACUAUCGAGUUAAAGCCGCCGAGCCGUCGACAGUCUUAGAAGAGGGACACGUUUUCGAUCUUGGUGAUCGAAGCUUGCGUGUUUUACACUUCCCCGGUCAUACUCCAGGGAGCAUUGGUUUGAUUGACGAGAGGGCGAGGAUCCUUUUCAGUGGUGACACAGUAUACUAUCCAGGGCCUUUGAUUGAUUGGUUACCGCAGAGUGAUGUGAACGCGUACAUUCAGACCUUCAAAAGACUUCAAGACGUUUCCAACCAUGUGGAUAUCGUCUUUACGGGGCAUGGUGAUCCUUUUGACAGCAAAAGGCUACAUCAGUUAGCAUCAGAUUACGUCUCCAGGGCUGGAGCAUGUCAUAAAAUUUUCACAACUUUUAUGAAGGGCGUUUCCUAUAUGAUUUUAAAAGCCAAAAAUUCUGGUAAUAUCCCUGCUAAGUGCUUUUUUCAUUCUUGUUGCUGCUGCUGCUGUUUGGUGUAAUCCACCCCCCACCAUAUAUCAUGAACUAUUGAAUUCAAGAGUUGAAGAAUAUAUCAUUUUUGUAUUUAAAAGGGCUUUUAAUCAAAAUGCCUGUAUUGAGACUUCUCGUUUAAAAACAGUUUUUUAAAGGGGUACCAUUUUUAAGUGAAAGGUAUGCGAAAAGGGUGUUUCUACUAUCAGAAAUCGUCACUGCUCUUUUACCUUCAAAGGCAAGUUUUUUUGUUCUCAUUGUAAUAUCUAUAUAAGGGUCCUUUCUUAUUGCUUGUAGCGAUCUAGCUAUAAAUGCCCUAUAUAGUGGGAAGGAUGUCGAAUAGGGUCCAAUAAUCCUCUAAUGUGAGGGGUAGGCUGUACGCGGUAAAUGUAAAAAUGUAAAUGUUUAUCGAGAUACGGGAUAAUAAUUACGGGAACACGAUCUUAGGGAUACAGGACCUUGAGGUUUGAAUAUCUCAAUCCGUGUAAAGUUUAAGUCUGCGUCAUAGCUGUUUCCCGGGGGUACUUCCUUAUAAGAGGCUAAAUGAGAUGUACCGCUGGAUGGGGUCGCAUUUUCACGACUGGAUUGACUAUAAUAAGGUUGAAUUUUCAAUAGAGUUCAGUUACUACAAUGGGGUCGCACCCGGAUUUUGGGGGGUAACACAGUACUCCAUAUUUACGGUUAGCAAACGUACCAGAAAGUUCGUACUGUAGGUGAAAAUUAACGUGUUCUUCAUUCAGUUUAAAAAAUGGGUCAAUUCAUAAAAAUAGAAAGUGAGUAAGUUGGAAUCGCGAAAAUUACAUAUUUGCCCAAAAGUGACUAAGAUUGGGUCUAUAAUUGGCCACAGAAUAGACUAUAACGGGGUAGGGGCUCUGACAGGCUAGCGGCACAUACCCAGCAAAAAUUUACCCAAGUAUCCCCUCCCCGGGAGCCGUUUGCUUCUUCCUCGAUGGAGUUUCAGGAUACAGGAGGGAUCUAUAUUCUACAGUUAUUCAUCAAAUAGUGGUUAUCAUCUGUUGCGUUUUAUAUUGCUUCUCUUGUUAUGUUUUUGGGCAGCAGUUGGGCUAUUUCUUCCUCGUAUAAUGUGUAAAAUCUACCACUAUUUCAAGGCUCCAGCUCUACCAAAAACAAAAAUGUCCCUUUUUCUAUCGAUAUCAGAACAAUUGACGUCAACUGAUCUGAUAUCAGCAGACAUCAUCCAAGGUUGGUCACCGCUUGCUGGUUCUGAAGAGUUAGCAGAGGGAUUUAUGCCAAUCAGAAACUGAGAAAUAUUUUGAAUUAAUAAGUAACAAAGUAAGUACCCCAUUGAUUAUUGCCGAUUAAAGCCUUUGAAAUCCGUAUUUCCUCUGGUAUGUCCUGGUCUGUCUAUCCUUGUUUGUUAUUUUUGACAGAUUCUAUCAUGCUAUCCAAUAUCUACUCAAAGUCCUCGUGGACUGGAAAAGAGACCAAUGUUGUCAGCUACUAAAAUCUUGGACAGAAUAAAAUGGAACUGCAAACCCCAUCCCCAAAAAAUGUUUUAGGGAUAGAGUCAUUGUUAUAUUUCCAUGUCUAUUGUUUUCACAUGCCAAUCUUGUGAGGCCUUGUAAAGAGCUGUGUUCUACCCCAAAACGCGCCAUUUUCCCAUCCUUGAUUGUGGGGAGAGGGGGUAUAAAUUUCCCAUCUCUUUUGUCCAAAAUUGUAUGGAAGCUGUCAAGGUCACGAAAUAGUGGUCAAGAACUCGGAAUUGAUACAUUCAUACAUUAGGAGCAGGUCAUUGUUGAGUUCAUCUUAACUUCUCAUGACUUCUCACAGGAAUGAAAUAUAGAAUGAUAGCAUAGUGCCAAAACGUUAUGCUUCUAUGCAUGCUUCUGUAACCUAGCGAUUAUACUUGUUUUAAGUAGUGCACUUAUCCGGGGCACCCAACGACAAUUUUCGGAAAAUAUCUGUUCGGAAGACCAUUUGAGAUUUAGAAUUUUCGGAACAUUUUUUCCAAAAUUUCUUGCUUGUCUGCCUCUCCUAGGAUUUUCGAACAUCUAAAAAAUAAUAUAAUUGCCCAUUUUUAACGGAUUUUUACCUCAAAAUGGACCCUACAAUUUUCGGGAGCCUUUUUUCUGGUUGAAAUUUUCGAAAAUGUAAGUUUUGAUCCCUAUAAGUUUCGAAUCACUAGACUUUCAGCUAGGAAAUCCGAACAGAUGAAAAAUUUUUAGGGGAUAAAAAUAUGCCUAUACCUACCAUUUUAAUACUAAAAUACGUUCAACAAUGCUAUGUUCAAGUGGUUUUGAACUAUAUUCUCGUUGGGUGCCCCUGACUUAUUGCUCUAGCCUUGUGUUCAAAUUUGUUCCAUGUUAAAUAAUCACUAAGCUUUAAUUAAUAAUAACAAAAUUCCCUUGUUUUUCCAUGAAAAUUCAGCAUAAGAGAAGUGGUCUUCCUGCCCCUCGACUGUGCAAAUCAGAAUAAUAUCAUUAUUGUAAAAUAGAGAUGUUGAUAUUCCCACCAGUAUCACCAGUGAUGACAGAAAUGACUGUCAUGGUGUAGAGCUAAUCAUGAGCUUACGCAACAGGACGGCAAAAAGAGGACGACGGCAAAACGCUUGUGUGUGACAAACGUGACAGGCUAUUAUAAUAUUAUUUGCUUGUUUCGUCGUGAUCUUUACCUAACAUCACUGUUUUCUGGUCUUUAACAAAAAGAUCUGUUUAAAGGAGGGUGAAGUUUGGCGAAAAGUUUUGUCAAACAAAAUUAUUGUCACGCUUGUCACACAAGGUUUGCCGUCUUCUUUCCUCUGCCGUCCUUUUGCUUAAGAUCACUAAUAAUACACCAAAAUCGGCUGUUGCACACCUCCCAUUGAUAAAACCCCCAGGUGUUGUCAUUGAAAUAAAAGUGAAUGAGCCGAAUAGCUAGGCCCCAUCUCUUUGUUUCCGGUUAACAACGUUCAACGUGAUAUAUGUUCAACAAGGUAUGACACACUGUUAAACAAGACUGAGCUGCAAAAUUUCUUGCUUUGUUGAUCAACAGAUGUUGAACAGUGUGUCAUGGCCUAAAGCUUGUAUUCCGUAUUUCCUGGUGUGUUUUUUUUUCUUUGCUGUUUGUCUUUGUACUUUUUAUCUUGUUGUGUAACUUGUCGAGGACUGGAAAACUUCGCGUGAUCGCGUGAUUGGGUGAUCGCGUGAUCCGGUUUUUAUUGUGUGACUGUUAUGCAUUAUGGGAUCGAUUAAGUAGCAGUUUGUUUACAAUCAGAGCACCAGAACAUUCUAGUUUCUACAGUUGCUUUUAAAAACGAGAAUGAGUCAAGAACAACUGCAACUAGAUGAACAACCAUUCAGCGUUGAAAAGGUACAUGACGGCGUGUUUAUGUUACGUGAAGUGUUCUACGAGUCGCUUUAUAACCAACCCAACAUAUGGCUCGUACAAGGUUCGUUUUCGGAUUUGGUUAUCGACACUGGUCUCGGUUUGUGGGACUUGCCAGGCUUUCUGCGACAACAGGGUCUGAUUGGUGAGAAACCAGUCCAAGCAGUUGCCACUCACAUGCACUACGAUCACUCGGGAGGACUACACCAGUUUGAGAAGUUCGCCAUUCACAGCCUCGAGGCGGACGCGAUACGCAACGGUAACCAAUACGACAUAGCCAGGGUUUUCCUAAGGAGUGAUUCACUUGCUGUACCCCCGAGCGAAGGAUGGAAAUUUUCCGACUACCGAGUUAAAGCCGCCGAGCCGUCGACUGUCUUGGAGGAAGGACACGUUUUCGAUCUUGGCGAUCGAAGCUUGCGCGUUUUACACUUCCCAGGCCAUACUCCAGGGAGCAUUGGUUUGAUCGACGAGAAGGCGAGGAUCCUUUUCAGUGGGGACACAGUGUACAAUCGAGGACCCCUGAUUGAUUUUUUACCCCAGAGUGAUGUGAACGCAUACGUUCGGACCUUCAGAAGAGUGCAAGACCUUUCCAACCAUGUGGAUGUUGUCUUUCCGGGACAUGGUGAUCCUUUUGACAGCAAAAGGCUACAUGAGUUGGCAUCAGAUUACAUCUCCAAGGCCGGACCAUGCCACAAAAUUUUUACAACUCUUAUGAAGGGUUUAAUGUACAUGAUCUUAAAGGCUAAAACGUCUAGAAAUAUCCCUGCUAAUUGUUGCUUUCACGCGUGUUGUUGCUGCUGCUGUUUUAUGUAA